AACACUAACAGUGCCCAGACGCAAAAACUUUGAAAAAGGUAGGGCGGGCAAGGAAUGCAUUCUGGAGUGGUACUGCACUGGUGCCGGUAGAUGUUCUGCUCGCUUCAUCACUGAGUCUGGGCACUGUCAACACACUGAGUCUGUGGUGCUAUUACUACAUGUAGUAGUAAUCGUCGUGUCCGGACUAUCAAUCCUCAGGACCCAGCUUGCCGGUCAUUGAUACCAUCCUCCUGCACUUCGCGACCUCAUACUCAUAGUCAUAGAUCUAUGCCUAUGGAGGAGCUACAGUCGAGUCCACAGUCUCCACACACCUGAAACAUCCAUCGACUUGGCGAAACUAGCUGGUGAAGUAACUAACUUUACUUACUUCGUGCGCACACAUUCGCACGGUGCUCGGCUAUUUUCUUGAUGAAGUAACUUAGUUUUUUGCAAGAAAUUUUCACCAGGCUGCUACUCCGCAAUGGAUAUGCAACACCGAAGGUUGCUGAAUCGCAAAAGGCUGGUGCUGCUGGAUGGCCUGAAGCUGGACUCGGUGCUGCCAGUACUGGAGGAGAAACGCAUCCUGGAGGAAUCCGAGUGCAGGCAGCUUCGGGAGAUGAGUGAAAAUUCAAGGCAGCAGAACUCGUCGUUUCUGGAGAUGCUGAAAAGAAGCGGGUCGAACGCGUUCCCUGCAUUUCUCGAUGCAUUGCGGCUGGAGCAGCCGAGCAUCGCCAAGCUGCUGUCAGUGGAGCCUGGUGAGGACGAAGCAUGGAGCAACCCAUCUUCUCUGGGCAGCAGCCGGCAAGUGUCGAGGGAGGGAAGUUUGGAUCAGGAAUCUCGCAUUCGAGCAGUUGCACAGCAUAUGGAGGCAAUUGAACAUGACAACCUGGAACUAUCGACCUCGCCGACGGCUUUCCCGAUAUCACCGGAAAGUCCACCUAAAGAUGUAGCACAUAUCCACGACCUGCAAGAGAGGUUUCGUGAUCGUCCAGUGUCAACGCUGUCUGCUGACACGCGCGCUUCCUUUUGUCGUCUGCUGGACCGCAAGCAUCCCUUCGGAGAUGACUGGCGAAGACUCUACAUACUUCUUGGACUUCCGGAAGAGAAGCUCAGUCUUCUGGAGAAAUCAUGGAUGACUUCGACAGAGGAGCAAUCGCAAGACAACGAAGGACCGACCGAGCAAACGUUGUUCGUGUGGCAAGGUCGAAUUGGCGUUUCCGCUGCCACUGUUGCAAUGCUUAUCAAAGCUCUGAUGGCCAUGCAAAGGAGAGAUGCAAUUGAUGUCCUUGCUUCAAUAUAAACAAACCAAGUCUCUUGUCAUGUGAUGUAUUCCGUGUUCAAGUUCUACUUUAUUGAGAUCUAACUGCAGUCGAUAUCUAGUUUCGAAUGGAGCUUGGCGCAAUUUUUCACGUUUAGUAUACUAAAUGGUCCUCCGAUGAUUUUAAAGUCUUUAAAAAAGUAACAUUUUCCUCAGUGUUGGCCUUGAUAUUUGAUUCCAGCUCUCUUUGUGGCGAUUGUUUUUCACAACUGUUUAUAUUCGUUAUUGGCAUAUUCUGGUUCUAUUCAACAUUCAUCUUUCUCUACUGCAGGAUACGUGUAGCUACAGGAUCUAGUAUGUAUUGUUUUGCGACAUUACUGCAACUUCUCCCCUGUUCAUCAAGAUUUUCUAGCAUCGCUGAUUUCUCUGACAACGGAGCUGACUUCACUUGACUCGAUCUACUUUCUAUAGUGCAGUUUCCUUCAGUAAUUCUCAACUGCAAGUGCAAGUUCUGGCGGCAUCAUAAUGAUAGUAGUGUGAGUUGAUUUUGAUGACAAUAAAUAUGUGUGUCUAGA